AUGUGUAAUAUGAAGAGCAAAAAUGUGUGUUAUGAUAAUUUUGAUUUUCGGAAGAAUCCUCAUGGUGACUUUUUUAUAUUGGGUAAUUUUUUUUUUAAUGAAUAUUAUGCUGUUUACGAUUAUGAUGAGUACACCGUAUUACUUGCUUCAACAGUUAAUUCAACAAGCAAUUGGUUCCUAACUGAUGAAGAAAUGUCUGAUUACGUUGCAAAUUAUCAGGAAUACUUGGAUGAUGGGCAGAUUGAUUACAAUAAUGUUGAAGUAGUGUCAAAGAACCAGCAAAUAUUUCAAGCAACAAAGGCCAAAUACUAUUCAAAUUCAUAUUUUGAAUAUGUCACCUCAUACAUCAACGACACAACGUAUCCUGUGACCCAAACAUACACAUACCACAAUUACACCCUAUACUCGUCAUACACCUUAAAGACGUUUUUGUGA